AUGCCUCGCCCUCGUGUGAAAGACGAGGACCGGAAGAGGGUCGCCCGCGCGUGUGACACCUGCAAACGCCGAAAGGAAAAAUGUGACGGCCAGCAUCCAUGUCUCCUCUGCAAGCGACGCGGACGCGAGCCAGAAUGUGUCUUCUCUGAUGGAUUACCCAAGCGGAGUGGCUCGGGCUCAGGUUCAGGUUCAGGUUCAGUCUCAAACCGACCGGAUGAAGCGUCGCCCGCCCAGUCCAUCACUCUCAAGGACGCGCUGAACGAUUCCAACGACGCCGAAAUCGCCAUCGAGUCGCUCUUGACGCUCUCGGGUUCCAGAAGCGCGCAGCCAAAGUCUCCGCAGUACGAAAGGGACCCGGAUCAUCUCGUCUCGCGCGCCCCCGUGCCUAAACUUGCAAGACUCUUGCGCGAUGGCCGUGGGAAGUUCAUUUUCGUGGGCGACUCGAGCAAUCUGGCGUUUGUGCAGAACAUCCGCCGCCUGGUCAAGAUCGACAUCGGCGAGUGUCACUUGACUUCUGAUCCCCUGAGGCAUGCCAUGUGUGAAGUGAUCCCGCCGCACAAAGCUCCAACUCCUCAGCAGGCACAGCACCCCAAGCCGACGCUGGCCGAGGCGCAGGAUCUAAUCAAGCACUACUUGCUCGCUUCCAGCGGCAUUAUCGAUCUGUUCGACCCGGACGACAUUACGGACCAUCUGUGUACGUGGACAAAGGAUUCCACGGCGGAAACGGAUUUCAACAGCUCGAUUUACUAUCUCGUCAUGGCGAUUGGUGCCUUGACCCGGGAUUCUGGCGAUCCAGAUCAGGCGGAAUUCUAUUUUAGUCGGGGCAGGGAAAUCGGGGUCUCGAGCUUUCUCGAAGACCCGAGUGUCCUGACUGUCCAGGCUUAUGCGCUAAUAUCAUUCUACAUGCUGUCCGCUACGAGACGAAACGGUGCGUUCAUGUUGAUGGGCAUCGCCGUCCGCGCCGCCUAUGCGCUUGGCCUCCACCGAAGCGACAUAUCGAGCUUGUUCGAGCCGAGAGAAAGAGUGGCGCGAGAGAGGGUGUGGAAGAGCUUGCGUGUGCUGGACCUGUUCAUGAGUGGUUCACUUGGCCGUCCACCCGCGACAUCCGAGGUUGACGGUGGCAGCGUCUCGUGGCACCGAUCCAGUCGAGAUUAUGAAGACAUUCAAAUGAACGGGCGGAAUACAUCGGCUACUUUGAGGAUCUGUUUUAUCUUUGAACGAAUUCUGAACGAAGUCUAUUGUCGGCGCGAGGUCUCUGUGCAGCUGGUCGAGAGUAUUUCACGGCAAUACAGGGAUUGGACCAUGCAGCUCCCGUCGGGGUUGCAGGCUGAUUCCCUCGAUCAGAAACCUGGGACGAUGGCGCCAUCCCUGCGGCAGUCGAUCGGUAUUGCUCAUUUAAAGGGAUUGUAUUACUGGUCUAUUAUUUUGUUGACCAGACCGUUCUUGAUUUUCAAAGUGUCAUCUAAAGUCAAGAAUCGUGACGAAGGGGGGAACGGGGCGGACAGUAAUGUGACAAUGACCUUGAGUGAAGCCUGCAUUGAUGCUGCUUUAAGGAACAUUGAGAUUGCCACUGAUCUGGUCCACACCCCCGGAGUUCCUCGGCGGCUGUUCAUGAUCACAAACAGUGUGUUUAUUUCGGCUCUAGUGAUUGGUUUGGCAAUAUUUGGGGACUUUGACAAGUCAUUUCCGCUGCUGAGCAGCAUGACUCAGGCUGAAGCAAUCUUGACCAUUAUGGCCAAGGACGAUAUGUCGGCUCGUCGAUUGUACAGCAUAACGUCGUACUUGCGUCUUGCCGCUCUCGAGCACAUUCAGAGACGUGAUAAGGUCCAGAUGCAGAAGAGGAGGCAGGACAUUCACAACAUUUUCGGCGAUGUUAUCAACAAGAACGGCAACCCUGCAUUGCCCACAUCAAGGGGCAAUCCAACUCCCAAUCAGACACCAGCGACCGAAUCUGCCUUAAAUAAUGGGACAUUCAACUUUGAUAUGACAGAGACCAUUGAUAAUCAGCUGCCAUGGCAGUUGGGAUUCGAGAUGCCUUCUGAAGGUCGAGGACCUGUUCUAACCACAUCUGGAGCACUGGCAAACAAUGGCGACGACGCCUCCAACCAAUAUUACCCGCCAGCGUUGCAACGACAUGACUUUAACCAGCUUCCUGAUAACGACUAUCUAUCACCUAACGGAUCUGGGAUCCCGAGUCUUCCAUCCUAUGCAGAGGAGUUUCCCUUAUUCUCGUUGAUGACAGAAUUUGAUCAAUUGGGAGAUCCGUUUUCGAUGGCUGGGGGUUGA